AUGGCGUCUCUCAAGUCAUGGUUUCCCAUUCCCAGGUCCAGUCAUUUCUCCCUCGCCAAUCUGCCCUUUGGCAUUAUUUCCACCGCAUCGGGACCUACGCCUCGAGCAGCGGUGGCCAUUGGUGAUCAUUGCUUGGAUCUGCAGGAGUUCUCGGCGUCGGGGGCCUUCUCAUCUUUGGGAUUCGACGUCGCCUGCUUCUCCAAGCCUACACUCAACGACUUUGCAGCCUUGGGCAGACCAGUCCAUCGCGCAGUGAGAAAACACCUCCAGGAUGUCUUUGCCGAGAACACGUCCAUCCCGGAUGUGUUACAGCACAAUCCCACCUUGCAAGAGAAGUCCUUGAUCCGUCGCGACCAGGUGACUCUGCACGUGCCCAUGCAGAUUGGAGACUACACCGAUUUUUAUGCAGGCAAGAACCACGCCUUCAACGUGGGCUGUCUUUUCCGAGGACCAGACAACGCGCUUCAACCGAAUUACACGCAUUUACCUGUGGGCUACCACGGCCGAGCAUCAUCAGUGGUCGUCUCCGGUACGCCCAUCACCAGACCCAAUGGCCAAAUCUUGGAGAACCCGGCGGCGACUCCCAAAGUCCCCAUCUUCAGUCCCUGCCGACGACUCGACAUUGAAUUGGAACUGGGGGCCUUUGUGUCCAAGGGCAACGCACUAGGCACCAACAUUCCCAUCUCUGAAGCGGCGGAUCACAUCUUUGGCUUUGUUCUGCUGAACGACUGGUCUGCGCGAGACAUCCAAGCCUGGGAGUAUGUUCCCCUGGGACCGUUCCUGGCCAAGAAUUUCGGAUCAACCAUCAGUCCGUGGGUCGUGCUCACCGACGCCUUGGAGCCGUACCGGUGUACAGGGAUCCCCAAUGACACACCGCUGCUGCCCUAUCUUGAGGAGAAGGAGAAGAAGAAUGUGUAUGAUAUUCGACUACAGGUGGAUAUCACCCCCGAGGGACAGCCGCCGACCACCAUCCUCAACUCCAACGGACGACACCUGCUCUUCUCGUUUCCACAAAUGCUCGCCCACCAUACAGUUGGCGGAUGUCCGAUGGCGGUGGGUGACCUUUUGGGGUCGGGCACCAUCAGUGGGCUAGAGCCAGGGACGGAAGGCAGCCUGCUGGAGAUCACCCAGGGCGGGAAACAGGCCGUGCAGUUGAAUGGCGGAGUCGAGCGGAAGUUCCUCCAGGACGGAGACACGGUCACUUUCUACGGGGUGUGCGGUACAGAAGAAUCUGGUCUAGUCGGGUUUGGGGAAUGCUCGGGCAAGAUCCAGCCUGCGCCAAAGAUAUGA